AUGGCAGGCCGCGCCGGCGGCGGCCGCCGGCCACGCGCCGUCUUCAUGGCCUUCGGCACUCAAGGCGACGUCUUCCCCAUCGCAGCGCUUGCUGCAACUUUUGGGCGUGACCAGCAGGAGUAUGCUGUGGUGUUCAUCUCUCAUUCCGCGCACCGGAGUUUGUCAGCACAUCUAGCGGCCAGCAAUGUCAGAUACAUGCCUGUGUCAAGCCCGCCUGUCCUCGCUGCUGAACAGGUAGAGAAUAUCUCAAGCGAUUCUAUUCAAUCAAAUCAUGAGCGUGAGUCCUUUUCAAUGUGGAAAAAAGCCAUUCAGAUGGAGCACAGGAAAGAAUGCUUGUCUUCUAUUGAAGAAGUUUUUGGAAACGAUCCAAGCAUCAGUGGGGAUUUUAUUGUGAUCAAUUUCUUUGCUUUGGAAGGUUGGCACCUCGCAGAACUAUUCCAAGUAAAGUGUGUCAUUGCUGCUCCCUAUUUUGUUCCGUAUAGUGCUCCUACAUCAUUUGAACGUCAAUUUAAACAAAAAUUUCCUCUACUGUACAAGUACUUCCAAGAAGCUCCUGCAAACACGGUCUGCUGGACUGACAUUAUCGACUGGAUGUGGGCACUCUUCACGGAAAGUUGGGGAUCAUGGAGAAAUGAUUGUCUGAAUCUUAGCCCUAUUCCUUUCACAGAUCCAGUAACCAAUCUUCCUUUGUGGCAUGUGCGAGAGGAGUCACCUUUAUUACUGUAUGGUUUCAGCAAAGAAAUUGUGGAGUGCCCAGGAUAUUGGCCAUUCAAUGCUCAUGCUUGUGGCUUUUGGUUUCUUCCUAUGGCUUGGCAAUUUUCUUGUGACAAAUGCAUGGAGUUGUCUGGAAAUACCAAUUCUUCAUCUGGCGGAUUAAGUUCCAUUGGUAGAAUGGGCUUUCUUAGAAAUCCUAAAGCAUUUUUAAUGGUGCUUAAGGCUGCCAUAGAGUCAUCAGACUAUAGAUUCAUCCUUUUUUCAUCUGGAUACAAGCCAUUGGAUUCUGCAAUCCAAUCCAUUGCUUCAUCAGAAAAUGAAUCAAGAGGCGUGGAUUCACCUUCUCUUGGUGGUGACAGCACUCUCCUUUUUAAUGGCCAUCUUUUCUGCUUUUUAGGAUCAAUACCGUACAGUUGGCUUUUUCCUAGAUGUGCAGCUGCUAUUCACCAUGCUGGCAGUGGAUCUACAGCUGCAGCACUACUUGCUGGAAUCCCUCAGGUAACAUGUCCUUUCCUGCUGGACCAAUUUUACUGGGCAGAGAGGCUACAUUGGUUAGGAGUGGCGCCUGAACCCCUUCAAAGACAAAAUCUAGUCCCAGAUAAUGAUGAUGCCUUGAGCAUCCACAAUGCUGCCGAUGUGCUAGUUGGAGCUAUCAGAUCAGCUUUAUCACCGGAAAUCAAAACUCAGGCGGCCAGAAUUGCUGAUAGGCUUUCUUUUGAGGAUGGGAUUGGAGAAGCCCUCAGGACCUUGAAGGAUAGAGUGUUGACUCAGAACAAAACCUGA